CGGCAGCAGCAGCUCCUCCAUGGCUGCUGCAGCUCCCGGCGUGGUUACCUCCGCCGUGCUGCAUGUGCUGACAGAGGGGGAGGCGGUGGCCGUCGAGGCCGGGCCCGGAGGCUUAGGACCCCCGCCUCCCUGAGGAGAAGGAGCCGAAAUGGCAGUGCCGGCCGAGCAGGUGAUACUUUGACCUUCCUGCAAACUGUUUCUGAAGACUUUUUGAAUGAAUAUCCCUGUUACUCUCAAACUGCCUGAAAUGGCAAGUCCAGCGAUCAGCCCUGACUCUUCCUCCCAUGAAGCACUCUCGUCUGUCAACUCCAUGCCUGCAUGCUCCCCCACUUCAGAUUCUGAGAACCUGAGCCCAGAUGAGCUGGAGCUAUUAGCAAAGCUAGAAGAACAAAACAGGCUUCUGGAAGCAGAUUCGAAAUCUUUGCGCUCUAUGAAUGGUUCACGAAGGAACAGUGGAUCCUCUUUGGUCUCCAGCUCUUCUGCCUCAUCCAAUCUGAGCCAUCUUGAGGAGGAUACUUGGAUAUUGUGGGGAAGGAUUGUCAAUGAAUGGGAAGAAUGGCGGAAAAAGAAGGAAAAAUUGCUGAAGGAGCUCAUAAGGAAAGGAAUCCCCCAUCACUUUCGAGCCAUUGUUUGGCAGCUUCUCUGUAGUGCCACUGACAUGCCUGUGAAGAAUCAGUAUUCAGAAUUGCUGAAGAUGUCUUCUCCUUGUGAAAAGCUGAUCAGAAGGGACAUUGCCAGGACGUACCCUGAGCAUGAGUUCUUUAAGGGACAGGACAGUCUGGGUCAAGAGGUCCUCUUCAAUGUCAUGAAGGCUUACUCUCUAGUAGACCGCGAGGUUGGGUAUUGCCAGGGCAGUGCAUUCAUCGUGGGACUGCUCCUCAUGCAGAUGCCUGAAGAAGAGGCCUUCUGUGUGUUUGUACGGCUGAUGCAAGAGUACAGAUUACGGGAGCUGUUCAAACCUACUAUGGCUGAGCUAGGACUCUGCAUCUACCAGUUUGAGUACCUGCUGCAGGAACAGCUGCCUGAACUGAAUAUCCACUUCCGUUCCCAAAGCUUCCUUACCUCUAUGUAUGCAUCAUCCUGGUUUCUUACCCUCUUCCUCACCACCUUUCCUCUGCCUGUGGCCACUCGAGUGUUUGACAUCUUCAUGUAUGAGGGACUGGAAAUAAUCUUCCGUGUAGGGAUGGCUCUUCUGCAAUUCAACCAGGCUGAACUGAUUCAACUGGACAUGGAGGGGAUGUCACAGUAUUUCCAGAAGGUGAUCCCUCAUCAGUUUGACAGCUGUCCUGAUAAGCUAAUCUUGAAGGCCUAUCAGGUCAAAUACAACCCUAAGAAAAUGAAACGACUAGAGAAGGAGUACACUGCAAUCAAAAACAGAGAAAUGGAAGAGCAGAUUGAAAUCAAGAGGCUCCGUACUGAGAACCGUCUUUUGAAACAGCGAAUUGAAACCCUGGAAAAGGAGAGUGCUGCCUUGGCAGACAGAUUGAUCCAGGGCCAAGUUACCCGUGCCCAGGAAGCUGAAGAGAACUACAUCAUCAAGAGGGAGCUGGCAGUAGUUAAGCAACAGUGCUGCUCAGCAACGGAGAACUUGCAGAAGGCCCAAAGCACUAUCCGGCAACUGCAGGACCAGCAGGGAAAUCCCCGCUUCUCUGAGGAGUUUGUGAGCCACCUGGAAACCGAGCUGGAGCAGUCACGCUUGAGGGAGUCUGAGACCCUGAGUGCACUGAAAGAGAUGCAGGACAAAGUGCUGGACAUGGAGAAGAAGAACAGCCUGCUUCCGGAUGAAAACAAUGUGGCCCGUCUGCAGGAAGAGCUGAAGGCUAUGAAGUUGCGGGAGUCUGAGGCUAUGAAGUCCUUCAGGGAGCUGCAGCAGCAAGUGAAGGAGCUCAAUGACAACUGGCAGGCCCAUCUGAGCCGGACAGGAGGGAGAUGGAAGGAUUCCCCUCGCAAGAACACGAUGAAUGACCUCCAGGAUGAACUGAUGAGCCUCCGCCUGCGUGAAACACAGGCCCAGGCGGAGGUCCGGGAGCUGCGCCAGAGGGUGGUAGAACUGGAAACCCAGGAUCAGAUCCACAGCAACCACCUAAACCGGAUGGAGCAGGAAUGUGCUGGGCUGCAUGAGAAGGUACAGUACCUCACUGCCCAGAACAAGGGACUGCAGACCCAACUGAGUGAGACCAAGCGCAAGCAUUCCGAAUCCGAGUGCAAGAGCAAAGAAGAGGUCAUGGCUGUGCGCCUGCGAGAAGCUGACAGCAUGGCUGCUGUGGCAGAGAUGCGGCAGCGGAUUGCUGAACUGGAGAUUCAGAGGGAAGAAGGGAUGAUCCAGGGCCAACUCAACAAUUCUGACUCCUCCCAGUACAUCCGUGAACUCAAGGAUCAGAUUGAUGAACUUAAGGCAGAGAUCCGGCUGAUGAAGGGACAGAAGCCUUUUGAGGACUCCAUGGGCUUUGAUGGUAUUCAUAUUGUGAGUCAUCUGGCAGUGGAUGAUGACUCACUGCAUUCUUCAGAUGAGGAGCUGCUGACCAGCCCCAUGGUGGUGGGUGCCCUGCAGGAUGUCUUGUACCCACUCUCUCCCCAUAACACUCACUUUCUACGGGGUGCUGAGAGCUCUGGUAAGGAGAGUGACGGCACCACAGAUAGCGAUCCAGAUGACCCUGCCUCCGCCACUGAGCCCAAUGGUGAGAUCAUCUUUGCAGAGGCCCUGAGCAAAUGAGGUGAGAUGCUGCUGCCAUCCCAACUCCGUCUGGAAGGCACUCGGUCCUCUGGCCAGGCUGGACUGAGGGGUCAGAGACAGAUCACACAAGAUGCAACUGAGUCCCCUAACCAGUAAGUACCAUGUCUCUGAGAAGGCACACGGGGAGCAGAUAGAGUUCUACAGCUGGCCGGCAUUAUUACAUGGACCAUCUCUAUUGAUUGUUGUGUGCACUGCCUUUUUCCAGCUCUGUCGUCACCGAUAGUUAAAAUCGAAAUCCAUGUAUUGGCCUCAUUCACAUGCCCCACCCCAACCCGUUGCCACACCUUCCCCCCCUCCCACACACACACUCGAUUUGCACACUCAAGAACUUUGAAGGGACAGCAGAAGCAACCAGUCCACUGGUUGAAUAGAUUGCAGUCCAGUAGCAAAUAAUCUCUGUAUCCUUGCUGUGCUUGGAGAGAUGAGAAGGGUCGGUCUUCCCUUUAUUUAUAUGUGUCCUUGUACACUCCUGUUCUAAAUGCAGAGGAGAAAACUGAAUGACUCCACACUCUUUGUGAUUUUUCAACCCAGGGAAAGGACAGGGAGGGGUGUGUGGAGAAUGUUCUUCUGAAGAGGUGAUUUGGUUCAAGAGAGAGAGAGAGAGAGAGAUUAUAUUUUUGUUCUUGCAUAUAUUAUUUAUUUAUACUGUAUAAUUGCCAAAUUCUCUCCUUUAGAGGAGCCUUGGCAUAAAGCUUUAAUUUCAAUGAUCUUGAGGGCUUUUAUGGAGCAGCCAGUACUGCUUCUGUAGCUAAAGAUACAUAAUUUGUUUUUCCUUUUGAGUUGGACUGUGGUAAGGGAAGUGCUCCACAUGGUACCUUCUAUGGCUAAUUUUGCCUCAAGCUGUAAUUCAGUUCUGCUGCAUCCAUGACAGGGCAUUUAGUUGUUGUUUUGCUCCAUAUGGUAAACAGCAGUUUCCUCCAGAAUUCUUGGCCUGGAAUUGUAUGGAUUGAGAGCAUAUUCUUCCUUAACUCCACUUUUAUGGCCAGCUCUUCAAACCAUGAUUCUUGCAAAGUUCUGGCCAUUGUUUGAUUUGCUCCAGGCAGGCAGAACACCCAGAAAAUAGGUUUGUUUUAGGGAAGGCAAGUAGAAUCCUACUUGAACUUCUCUUCUGUUCAUGAUUUACAAGAUCAGAAUAAGUGGCUAAGUUUUCAGACACAUGAGAGAGCCUGGACAUUAGAAUGCUUUCUUGCUGGCAAACAAAGCUAACAUGUCAAGAGAGGGGAAUACUAGGAUAUCCCGAGAUCUGAUCCUGCGGAGAUAAAACAUGGAAAUGCCCAGACUCUCAUAGUGGAACUACGCAUGAAGCAAACACGAGGGUCCCAGCUCCACCUAACAUGGGAGAAACAGUGGGAAAAGUGUGUUUAAUCUUUUGUGCUCCUACUGAUUAUCCUAUGCAAACGCUUUCCUUCCCUCCCUCCGCAUAUAUGUUAACAUGUCUACUUGUACAAUAUGUAGCUCUGCUCCAAGACAUAACUCCUUGCAGAAACAGCCCUCUUUUCUUCCUUAAGGGGUGGAGGGCGGGGGCAGAGAAGAGACUUUGGCUUUUCAACAUGUUAGCUUCUAACUUUCACUUAGCAUGAAGACUGCUGACACAGCCCAACUAUAGCAGUGGGUGAAUAAAGAGUCCCUAAUCCGCAGGCAGGCAGGCAGGCGUGAGCUCAUUGAACAUUUUAAAUAAACUGUACAGUGAUCCACACCUCAGCUGGAAAUACUGCUCUGUCAUGCUGUUUGGGUGUCUACAUUGCAGUAUGAGCUCUUGCAACUCAGUAGGUGUUUAUUCAGUUCAGCCCAAAGAGGCUUGCUUUCAACAGAUGGGUCGAUCGCCGGCUAGGGAAAAAGCAGUGGGAAAACUGGGAACAUGGCAUGGGGCUGACUUCUCUCAGUCAAAGAUCAUUCUGAAAUAGGUAUUCAUGAUCCUUCCCUUAGUUUCCAGGGUGGACACCUGCUAGUUUGAAUCUGCCCCCUUUCCCUUAAAUGAUGCAGUCUGGGUUUAAGGUCAGUAAAGCCCCUCUCGUGUAACAUGUUCCUCAGGGUCGUGUGACACCACAGAAAGGCCUAGGUUGCAGCCCCCAUUGAAAAGAAGGCAAGGCCAUGGCAGCUCUGCAGGAAAUCACUUUGAAAGAUGUUCAGGGCUGUUUCCUUUCCCAUUUGAAGUGGGGAGAUCUCAAGGUUGAGUUGCUAUGAAAUGUUUAUUGUUGCAAGGUGUCUGAAUAAAGGCAUUGUUACUAAGGGAAUGAAGAUCAGUUGACAUUCGGAAACGGAGAGGGUUUUACAGAAAACCUGUGGAAGGGGUGGGGAUGUAAAAUGCUGAGGAUGCAGGGCUUUGGCCCUGCCAUAAAGGUGAGCAAUCUCAUUAGGCCACAUCGCUGACUAAUGAGGGUGAUCUAUGGACUACUUUCUGAAUUGGAAAGUAGAGUGUUUCUGCUUUCAGGGAAUGGGAAGCCGUUCUUGUCAUGGACUUACUUUCUUUUCUUCUUUCACUCAACACUAUUUCCUUGCUCUGAGCUGUUACAAACUAAUCUCUAAAACCUGCAUCAUUAUUUAAAUGUUCCUGUAUCAGACAUACGGAUCUCUUUCUGAAACAUGUCUCCAUGAUUCUUCCCUUGACAUGGGUUUCCCAAUUCAUUUGGUCCAUAGUGAAGGAGGAGUUCCGUAAAUUUUCCAGUUAUUCUUGUGCGUGCCUCUUAGCAACAGGUCAAACUUUGUCGGUCAUUUUGAACUCCCAAAUCCUGGACUCCUCUAGUGAAGUUAAACCAGCAUUUGCGGAAGCAGCAGGACAAACCUGCACCCACUUGGGUGGCCCUGAAGUAUUACAUAUAUGUAUUUAUAUAAGUAUGUCUGGGGAAAGGCUCCAGUUUGGUAUAACCUUACAUAUUUUAAUAGAUGUAUUCUAUAUAUACAUGCUGCACUGUAUUGCCAAAUUUAUGUAAUUUACUCUGCCAUUAUUCAGUCUCCCCCAGAGAUCAACAGCAUAAUAUGUGGUCCAAACAAGAGUUCAACCCGCACUGUUGCUUUGAUCUGCUUGUGUCAGUCGGAUGAAUUUUAUUUUAUUUUAUUGCUAGCAAUGGGCACACGUUUGCAAAUGUUGGAUGGCUUGUGAAACUGUUUGCCAGUUUGUGCAUAUUUCCUAGCAGUUGUUGUUGAUAUUUGUUUGUGUAGUGCUACCCGAAUGCUCGCUGCCUCCAAGAUUACAUGUUAGGAAGAAUUUUAAUAACUGCUGUUUCUAAAUCUGAAGUAACCCCAUUGACUUUAGUGUUUUCAGAUUCACACUGGAAUGAAUGGGAGAAGACUGUGUUCAUUAGACAGGAUCAAAUCCAAACUGCUUCCUCAGCCUGUUUUAGUCAGGGUUUUGGGUUGUUUUUAAUAUGAAAUGCACUUAGACAUUACUCAUGGAGUUUGUAACAUUUGACGUCUAAUAAUCUACAGUAAUUAUUCACACUACUGCCACUUUGUUUGAGACCACGGCUGUAGAACAGUAUGAUAUGUUUUACCAAAAGUUGCCACAAAUCCCAACCGCUGCUUCUGUAUCUCCACGUGAGCUCUCGUACAGGGAGGCCGCAGAAACUGCAAUAUGUCCAAAAUGUUUACAUUCUCCCAGAGAUGUCUAACCUCUGAGACUAGAUCCAUGCAACAUCAAGAGAAUAAGGGACAAGCGUUUUGACUUCUGCAGCUUCCCAGCAGGGAAUAUUUAUAUCCUUCUCGACUGCAGGACAUAUGAUAAAAAAUAAUAAUAUUCCUCGUUAUAGCCUAAUUGACUCCUUAGUGCCAUGGAAGAAUUAAAAGUAUUUGGAGCAAGGGGCUGGGUGAGAGAUACCAAUUCUAAUUUUACCAUCGAUAACAAGGUAUUCAGCUGAUUUCAAAUUUAGUGUUCCUUCCUGUUGAGUUUGGAUAAAUAGCAGAUGGGGAUCCGCCCCAGUGAACUGAAUGACAUUAAGUCAUGCUAUACCUAAUGAAAACAUUAACUUCAGUUAUUACAUUGAGGCUGAUUUACUUUUCAUACAAAUCUGGCCUUCACCUCUUUAAAAAUAAUCCAUUUUUGCCAAGAUGUCCCCCUUCCAGAGUAUUUAAUUCUAAUAAUACCACCAAGGGGUUUGCCUUUUUGUUGUAAUCACUGGCUAAAUUAGUAAUUAUGUGUUUGGGGGCUCCUGAAAUGGAGAACUAUGUAUUUUUGCAUACUAUCCACAUACAAAGUGCAAAGCAAGCUUUUGCCAUGGCAUAUGUAUGUUAAAAGACAAUGUCAGGCCAGCUAGUCUGGUUGGCUUCUUUGAACAUCCUCAUGACGUAUAGGAAUGUCAUCCCAAGCCAGCUGCCGUCCCUCUCUGCCGUCCCGACCAUUUUGCUUUGCUUUUGUAUUGUUCUUAGCCCAAAUGAUUGUGAAUGGAUUUCAAAGGAUGAAUCCAAUUAUUCUUGCAAGUAGUGACCCUUGUGAGCUCUCCUUCCCUGCAUUUUCCCCCAAAUGAACGUGCCAAAUACUGUAGCCCGUUCAGUGCUCUGGAGCACCCUUCCCCAACCUGAUGCCCUCUAAAUACAUUGGAUUGCAAUUCCCAGCCAGCACAGCAGGUUAGGGAAGGCUGCUCUGGAGCAACGUACCCAGAAAGGCAGGAACCUGGUGAGGGAGGAAAUGAAAUGUGCCUGUGCACACAGACCACUCUCAGGUACAUACCUGCUUCUGUCCUAAAAUGGGUCUGCACAGACCUUUCCUCCUGUCUCUCUCCUUAUCCUUUCUCUGUGCCCCAUCAGUAUUUUGAAUAGCACCGGGUCGUCAGGAAUCUGGCUGAUCCAUCCAAGUUCCAGAGUAAGCUGCAGUUUCUAAUACCAUCAGGGUGUCUGGUCAAGCCAACAUCUUAGGGCCGCCUGUUAUGCCUGGCCCCAGCAGGUUCUCUGGGAGAGGAUAGGCUGGAGGAGGUGGUGCUUUUGUGUGAUCUUUGAUCAUUACUGACAUGGUUCAGUUUGCACUUUAAUAGUAGUUCUUUCCCUUCUUCAUAAAGGGGAAAACAAAGUGGUGCUGUAUUUAAACUGGGGUUGGGAAUAUUUCCUCUGUUCUCCUCCCAGCUGUGACACUUGACUUCUAAGUCUUUCUCUAGCUUAAAUGCAUCUAUUGCCCUUUUGUGUGCCACAACGUCGUCUUCUGUAGAAGCAGGAGAGGCUGAGCUAACUACUGUGAAUAAUGUUUGGGUGGCACCCUGUCGAAUACACUAAAGAGGGUUCCCCAGGUUCAAGGUGCUCCAGGGGACAGAGUGGAAUGAAAAUCAAGAGGUUAAAAGAAACUGGGCUGUUUCUUUCAACAUGGUGGGAUUAUUACAAUAGGAGGAUACCUUGAAUGGUACCAAAAUUAGGGUUGACGAAGAUAGCUUUGCAAGAGAAAACACUGUAAUGAGGGACUUCGGUAGAAAGGAUGUGUUAGGACAGGUAAUAGUUUAAUGGAAGGAAUGCAGAAGAUUAAGUAAAAUGUCUGAAGUCACACUACAUUGUAUUUAUCUCUGGGUUAUGAAUAUAUCUGGAACCAAGUACGUUAGAUAUUGUAACUACACAAAUAUUGUUAAAGGUUGGUUACUAACCAUGGGGUAAAAGAGCUUCACUCUGUGGCAUUGUAGGAUCAUGAGACUAGUUAUGAAAAGAUUUUCUGGAAAAUCCCAAAGCAACAUAGCUCCAAAGCAAGAAUUCUGCCACAUGUAUGUAAAAGUAUAAAGUAUUCUUGCUGUUCCUGAAUCUCACCCUAAAAGCCAGGACCCGCUCCCCAGCUGGUAUAAAUCAGCGACAAGGCAUUGAAAUUAGUGAUAAACUUGCCAGACCUUUAGUCGCAUAUCUGGCUCAAAUUUGUGCCAUCUUGUAGAAUAGUAUAAGUGAAAGGACAUGUGGUUGAACGCAGAAGAGUCAAGUGGGGCCAGGAGCACCGGGCAUUUCAGUGUUGAAUGAGGCCUUGAUAGUAGAGCCAUGCACCCCUGCUGGAAUUCUCACAUGCACAGUGGGAUCCCCUGGCAGAAGCAGACUGGCCCAUGUUUCAUCUUUGUAUAUUGACUUGCCCCAUAGUAUGUGCAGCUUGAUCACUAAAUACUAGCAAAGAGCAAGCUGCUCCUAUCCAGAAGGAAUAGGCAGGUUACCGUGUGUGGUUGCUUUCCAGGUUGGAAGAUAGAUUUUUCUCUUCAGAGCCCCAACUGUUCCUGAAAUCAUGUGUAUAGUGUAACUAUGUACCAGUGCCCCUUCUUUUCUCCUCAAACUAUAACUUCCAUUCUUUCUCGCCCAUGCCCAUGUAAAAACAAAUAAUGUUGUACAAAAUAUCUGUACUUUCAACAAAAGAAACCACCACCACCCACAAAAUAAACUAUUUAC